GGAAAAGGAUAUUAAAAUGAGAAUGAAGACAAAGAGAGCGAGAAAGAAAAAGGAGGCAAUGCACUGGUAUCGAUAUUUCGCUCGAUUCCAGCUAACGAAAUUGGUGUUUUAUCAUCGAGACAACAUUCAACCGAAUAUUUCAAUUAACAAAUAUCUUUCACGACAUUUAACGCUUAAUUGUCCAUCUAUACCUUAAGCAGAAACAUGUAUGAUACAUGUUUUAUGUUUACAAACCAUCGCUGUGUGGAAGACGGUUUUAUUGCUUCAUUUAUGGCAGUCCUUCCUUCCUUUAAAUAGGCCUACAUCAACCACAUCACGACUCACGGUUUCCAAGCAGCUCUGGCCCGACCUUGAAAACCGCUUAUAUAUAUGGAGCUUCUAAUAGCAUUCAAUCAAAAUUUCCGACAGCAACCACGCCUUCAAUCCUCUCGAGAUGAUGUUACAGGCGAUGUUUGUAUGCCUCGUGGUCGGUAUCGCCCUCGGCCAGACGGAAGGCGCAAACAACACAUCUGUUCCCGACAACACCAAGACCGCCCCGACUCCCGCCGACAUCCCGACGCCCACGGCCGAUUAUCCAGCCCCUUUUGAGAGUGUGAACGCCGGAUUACCCCCGAUCCACGCCCCUCCAACGUACCUCAGCUUAAACGACCUUUUAACCUGGACGAGCGGCGCUCCCAUUAGCCCGGGAAUCCCAGCCGUGGACGGAGGAGCCUUGUUCGUCGUUGGGUUUGCCCCGCUCGUCAAGCCCGGGCAAUGCCCCCCAUUACGUACCCAUUGCCUUCCGGGUUACUCUCAGGACCUCCGCAAAGUGGGGUCCUUCCCUGCCCAGGUCUGCGCCGCCGACUUCGACUGCCCCGGGACGAACAAGUGCUGUUUCGAUGUCUGUCUUAACGAGGCUGUUUGCAAGUCUUCGGCGAGGAUUUUCCGGUGGUAGAGAAAGCUCGUGAGACCUGGUGUUGUGUCCUUGUUUGUGUCUUCACUUUGAAUGGCUGUCACAGGAAACUUUCAAUGAAUAAGAGAAUAGUAUUGAUAUUAUUUGUCUCUCUCAUGUCCCAGGCUGAUGGCGGGAGAGUGGCUGUAACUGAGAAAU